AUGGAGUUUGAAUCCCCGGGCUAUACAAAUUUUAAUACAUUUACACCUCCAGGAGAGGAUCUGUUUAUUAAUUCAUCUAUUGUGCAUCUAUCCAUUCUUGACACAUCAAUUUAUCCUAUGAAAAUUUUCAAUUUCCUCGCUGCAGUACUGCAACUAGUAGCAGUAGCAGUACGGGCGACAGAACCAAACCAAUCAAAAGCGAACGACAGCAUAUUAUUAGAACGGGGACAGCCACAGGCUGAUAGUAAUGGUGCGGCGGCAAUUGUGGUGACAGUGGUACAGACGGAGAAAGUCCAAGUGCAUGUUACUGAGACAUUACAUGCCACUGAUGUUUCCACUAAGGUUAUACACGUUACUGAACAAGUACAGGUGCAUGUUACUGAGACAUUGCAUGUUACAGAUGUCUCAACAGAAGUUAUGCACGUUACUGAAACACAGCCUAUAACGGAGACACAGCAUGUGACAAUCCACAACACCGUUAUUGAAACCCUUCCACCAGUUCACGUGACUGUAACAGAAUCUGCUACCGAAACACUUUUGCAUACUAUUGAGUUGGCUGUUCCGGUUGAGAAACUUGUCACCCAAACGGACUUGAAGACUGUUGAAGUGAAGGUGACGGAGACAGCGGUGGAGACGAAGACAGAAGUGCAGAUUUCUCACAUCGUGCAGACGGAGAUCUUGACGCAAGAGAAGACGGCGACGGAGACCGUGACGGAGGUGGUUCAUAGGAUUGAGACGGAGCUAGCUACGGAGACUAAGCUUGCUACGGAGACGAAGGUGAUUGAGAGUCUUAAAACGGAGACGGCGACACGAGUUAUUCAUAGUGUUGCUACAGAGACGAAAGUGGUUGAAAGUGUGUCUACAGAGACGGCAACGCAGGUUAUUCAUAGUGUUGCGAUAGAGACCCAGAUUUAUACUGCGACAGAAUUGGCGACAGAAACCCAGGUUCAGAUCAUUCAUAGCAUUGCCACGGAGACAAAGUUGGCGACUGAGACGAAGGUUGUUAACAGCAUUGCAACUGAGACCGUUCACAGCACUGCCACAGUCGACAGAGUAUCGACUGAGGUUAUUCAAAGUAUUGCUACUGAGACUAAGUUAGCUACCGAAACUCAGAUCAUUCACAGCAUAGCCACGGAGACAAAGUUGGCGACUGAGACGAAGGUUGUUAACAGCAUUGCAACUGAGACCGUUCACAGUAUUGCCACACUCGACAGAGUAUCGACUGAGGUUAUUCAAAGUAUUGCUACUGAGACUGAGUUAGCUACCGAAACUCAGAUCAUUCAUAGCAUAGCCACGGAAACAAGGCUGGCCACUGAAACUAAGGUAGUUAACAGUGUUACUACGGAGACCGUCCAUAGCAUCGCAACAGCCACUGCUAUCGCUACAGUGGAUAAGAUCUUGACCGAAACAGCGACAAAGGUCAUUCACAGUAUCGCAACUGAGACAAAACUUGCAACGGAAACUCAGGUCUUGAGCACUGUCCUGACCGAGACUGUGGCCAGCGUUGCGACAGAAACACUCAUCACCACGGAAACUCAGUCGGCCGCAGAGUUUUCAACAAUUUAUAAGGUUGUUAGUAUUACCACAACUGUAUGCCCGACACCAACUGGCGGAGCUACGCACACCGUUAUAGUCGGAGGCGACGCGGGUCUUAUCUACACCCCCUCAGAAAUCAUUGCUGAGGUCGGUGACAUUGUCAGUUUUGUUUUUUUGAAACAGAACCACACAGUGACUCAAUCCACCUUUGGCGCUCCAUGUAACAAAAUGGCAAUUGACGCAGCCGAUUCUGGCUUCCUGAGUAACAUCAACAACACAGUCGUUCCUGCACCCGUUUGGAACUACACCGUUACUUCGAAAGACCCCACGUGGUGGUAUUGCGCACAAAGUACCCACUGUGGAAAGGGGAUGGUAUUUGCCAUAAAUCCAACCUGUGAAAAGACGUUCGGGGCAUUUCGAGAUGCCGCUAUCGCCCUAAACGGAACACUAAGUUCCCCUCCUGCUGCUGCAAGCUCAACCUCAGCUGUCGCCGCCGCCGCGACCCAUAAUAUAAUUGUUGGUGGAGAGUCAGGCCUUGUUUAUACUCCUUCGGAGAUUAUUGCUGCGGUCGGCGAUGUAGUACACUUCGUAUUCAUGAAGCAGAACCAUACAGCUACUCAGUCCACAUUUGGCGCUCCAUGCAAUAAGAUAUCCGCUGAGGGAAUCGACUCAGGAUUUAUGAGUAAUAUUAAUGACACGAUUACUCCCGCGCCAACAUUUGAUUACACAGUUACAGCUACUGAGCCGACUUGGUGGUAUUGUGCACAAACUACCCACUGUGGGAAGGGAAUGGUAUUUGCCAUUAACCCAACUGCCGAGAAAACAUUCAAGGCAUUCCAAGACGCUGCCAUCGCACUGAACGGAACCGCCGCUACUACUACAGCAGCAGCAGCAACAGAACUAGCCACAACUACGGCCGCUGUAGUAACAGGUACUGCCGUCCCUGGCGCAGCGUGCGCUUGCCAGUGUUUAUGCCCGGCGGCUGCUUUCAAGGUCGCCGAAGCCAUCAAUCCUCCAGGUCUCCCAGCAAUACCCACACAGGCAGAGUCGACGAUGACAACUGUAGUCAGAACCGGUUUUAUCAGUGCUAUUGAUCCGACGUCAAUCCUUAUUGCGGACCCGGUGUCGUCUAUUGCAGAGAGUUUGGUCUUGGAUACGAGCGUAUUAACAGCUGCCGAGAUUACUACUAUCGCAACAGCAGCUACAACAGCUCUGUCAUCCUCAUUAGAUCUUACAGUUCCUUUAGCAGCAGGAAAAACAGCAGAGUUUAUCGCGAUUAAUUUUAGCACUGUGUCCCUGGGGGAUCUGCAAACGGAGUGGACGGGGAAACUCGGACCGACACCGGCCUAA